GCGUAAUAACCAUAUGAAGAGCUCUGAACCUAGCCAAAAUUGCUCUGGCGAUAGUGUCACCACUUUUCAAACCAAUCUCUAUUACCUUUUCCCUCUCUCUCCUCUCUCGCUCUCUACUGUGGAACCAAAAUUAACCCCAAAACGCUCUCAUUCUAUACAAACUCUACUCACUCAGACUCUACUCACUCACUCACACACGAAACCCUAGUAGAACUUGCUCUCUUCAAUCGAAAAUGCAAGACAUGUUCGGUUCCGUCCGCCGAUCGCUGGUGUUUCGUUUGCCGGACGGCGGUGGCGGUGACGAAGGCACCACCGUCGGAACCCUAGUCGACAAGAUCAACUCUUGCAUUCGCAAAUCCAGAGUCUUCUCCAAACCCCCUCCGCCAUCUCCGUCUCCCCCGAUCGAUACGCCACCCAUCCGGUGGCGGAAAGGUGAGUUGAUUGGUUGCGGCGCUUUCGGAAGAGUCUACAUGGGGAUGAAUCUCGAUUCCGGAGAGCUUCUCGCUGUCAAACAGGUGUUGAUAGCGUCGAACGGUGCUUCGAAGGAGAAAGCACAGGCUCAUGUGAAGGAGCUCGAGGAGGAAGUAAAACUUCUUAAGAAUCUUUCUCAUCCAAACAUUGUUAGAUACUUGGGAACAGUGAGAGAGGAGGAAACCUUGAAUAUAUUGUUGGAAUUUGUUCCUGGAGGAUCAAUUUCAUCACUAUUGGGGAAAUUUGGAUCUUUUCCAGAGGCUGUUAUUAGAAUGUACACCAAACAAUUGUUAUUGGGAUUGGAUUAUCUUCACAAAAAUGGAAUUAUGCACAGGGAUAUCAAGGGGGCUAACAUCCUUGUUGAUAAUAAAGGAUGCAUUAAACUUGCAGAUUUUGGUGCAUCCAAACAAGUCAUUGACCUGGUUACUAUUUCAGGUGCCAAGUCUAUGAAGGGUACACCGUAUUGGAUGGCUCCUGAAGUCAUUCGGCAGACUGGUCAUAACUUCUCUGCUGAUAUAUGGAGUGUUGGUUGUACUGUAAUUGAGAUGGCUACUGGCAAGCCUCCCUGGAGCCAACAGUACCAAGAGGUUGCAGCUCUCUUUUAUAUUGGCACAACAAAGUCUCAUCCACCUAUCCCAGAAAACCUCUCUGAUGAGGCAAAAGAUUUUCUGCUGAAAUGCUUACAACAGGAGCCAGAGUUGAGGCCACCUGCAUGUGAGUUGCUGCAGCAUCCCUUUGUUACUGGGGAACCUUUGCAGUCUCCUGCUGUUUUUUGUACUCCAUACAUGGAAAAUUCCAAACCUGUUUCGCCUUCAUGUGGGAUAAAUCAGGAAAAUUCCCCUGGCUCAAUGGAUAUCUGUAAUUUGGGUAGUCUGAGUGGUUCAACUGUAAAUUUUGACAAAUUUUCUGGAAGUAGUCAUAUAUGGGGGGCAAACAACAGUGAAGAUGACAUGUGUCAGAUUGAUGAGAAAGAUGAUUUUGUCUUGGGUGAAGAAGCAAAGAUGAGCCCUGCUUUCAUGCCUGACAUCUUUAAUAAGAGUUUUAACCCAAUUUGUGAGCCCUCUGAUGAUUGGAUGUGCAAAGAUGACGAGAGCCUGAGACUAGAUGAAGGAAAAGUGAACUUGGACAAUGUUCAACCAGUUGAUAUUCCUGCCACUUACUCUGGAACAUCUGGAAAAGAGGACAAUGAAUUUCACUGUGGGCCAUCACUAUCUGAGGAUGAUGAUGAGCUUACCGAGUCUAAAAUAAGGGCCUUUCUGGAUGAGAAGGCUCUAGAACUGAAGAAACUGCAGACGCCUUUGUAUGAAGAGUUCUUCAACAGUUUGAAUGCUUCUUGUUCUACCAGUUUUGUUGAGACUGCAAGAGAUGAAAGCAGUCCAAAUUACCUGAAAUUACCUCCCAAAAGUAGAUCACCCAAUCGGGUCCCCACCGUAUCUCCAUCUUCAGCAGUUGAUGGCGUAAGCAAUGCUAGCCCUGGGAGUUCUAGCAGGCGGAUAUCAAAUGUUGGCAGUGCUAGUAAUCAAUGUUUGCUGGACACUCCGUCACCUCAGCUUAAUGAUCGGAGAGGGCUCCAAGCUGACGCUGAUCAAGAACCAGGUAGCCCGAGUGUCAGUUUUUCCGAGAUACAGAAGAAGUGGAAGGAGGAGCUGGACCAAGAGCUUGAGAGAAAGCGAGAGAUGAUGCGUCAAGUGGGUGUGGUAGGGAAAACAUCAUCACCAAAAGAUCGAGCUCCAAAUCGACAGAAGUCAAGAUUCGCUUCUCCUGGCAAAUGAGACGAAGAGCAUUAUAGUUCGACAUCUGCGCUGGCAUUUUUGGCGAAAAUUUUACAUUGUUCCACGGUGCAGCCAGCUCGGCAACCUCCAAUGUUACUGGGUUUCUUAUGUUUCUGCCCAUAAAUGAGUCCACGUCACAUGUGUUUUAUAAAAGGAUGAGGUAGUGUAUGAUAUUGUGCCAUACGGCCCAUACCAAUAAGGGUUACACGGAAACAGCCUUUCUGCACGCAAAGGUGUGUUUCAUUUUUUUUUUUUUGGGUUUGGUAUUGGAGAUAUGAAUUUGAGUGUGUCAAUAGAACUGUAUUUGUGAAUGUAUAAUAAUAAUCAGGAUUGAAAUGGCAUUUAACAACAGCCUAAGAAAUGGUUUUCCAUUUGUUUGCUUCA